AUGAUCAGCAUUUUCUUGGCAUUUUUUCUCAUUACUGGCGUUGUGGUUCUGGUUUACGAGGGUCAAAUACCACCAAAGGAAGACAAAAGCCACACAGAAUGCGGCGCUAGCUUGGCUGAUUUUGAGGCCAACGGAUGUGAAUUUGAUGUAUUGAGCUACGCAUGGAUGCCAACUCGUUGCAAGGAUACCGCGACUUCCGAUGAAUUUCGGUCAUGGCUCUCAGACCCGCUAAGGCAUUUGGGCCCGUGGCCAUUCUUCACAGAGAUGUCGGAAGGCUCAUCACUUGCGAGAAAUCGGAUUCCCAGUGAAGAGGAUUUUGGCAAUCGUUGGGAAAUGCAAGUCUGGUCUUCUGUAGAGGAGCACCUCGCCCACUGCAUGUUCUUGUUUCUUCAUGUCUCACGUGUUGCGUUUGGUGAAGCGCCACGUCGGGCUAUAGAUACCUACGGUCAUGCCGAACAUUGCUUCCAUGCAAUAUGGAAAGGGCUCAACGGCACAUGGAACAUGAAAGAAGAUAAGAUAGCCAAUCAGGCAAUAGAGAUUGAAGUGACUAGCUGUUGA